UGACCUGUUCUUUCCUUCCUCCUCUUCUCGUGGGCCUUCUUCUCUCUCCCCCUCCCCGUGGCGCUGACGCGACGCGCUCUCCUCCGGCGAGGUCUCUGACUCUCCAGCGCUGCGCGGCGCCGUAUCGCCGGCCGCGAACUCGAGGCUGGGCUGGGCGGGCGUAUCGUUCCUGCUCCCGGAGAAGACUGUUAUGAUGAUUUGAACUACUGCUUGGUAUUACAAUGGAGAACCUUGAAUGCACAGUUGGGAAAGAUGGCUUAAAUUUUCAGUGCAACCUGUGUGAUUCAGAUGUAGUGCAUUCCAUGGCAGAAAUCCUGCUUCGUGGAUUGGCAACUGCCUCAGUUGACAGCACUACUGGUGAUAUCUUCAAGAGCCCAUCUUCUGUAGCUGUUGGAAUGAAGAGCGAGCUAGCAGAAUAUUUGAUUCAGGGGUCCAUGACGCUUGUUCGUGAGGCUGUCGACGGAGGCGAGGAUCACUCAGAACAAUUAAUAAAAGCAUCCACCAUGCCGACGGAGUUCCUCUCAGACUUGAUCGAUGGUUUUGUAGCAUCAAAACGGAACUUGUUGAGCCAUGUGUCUGGGUUUUUGUCUAGCGAAACCCGCUUGAACAAAAUUAAAGACUUCAUACAGAAGCUGGAGAUGGAGAACUUCUGGGCACCAGAUGUUAGAGAGGCUACUGCAGGGACUAUUCUUAAGAGUAUAGACAUGAAAUGCAUUAUCCAUUGCCCUGAGAGAUUUGACACACAAGAUAAGCUGGCUGAACACAGGAAUCUGUGUAGAUUUAGGAUAGUAAACUGCAAAAAUGAUGGAUGUUUAGCUUCCUUUUCUGCUAAUCACAUUGAGAAGCAUGACUCUGUCUGCCCAUUCAAAGUCCUACCAUGUGAGCAGUUGUGCGAGCAGCAUGUUAUGCGGUGUGAGAUGGACAGGCAUUGUGCAUCAGUUUGCCCUAUGAAGCUUAUUAACUGCCCUUUUUACCAGGUUGGCUGUGAAUCAGCCUUUCCGCAGUGUGUUCUUGAUAAGCAUUGUUCAGAGCGCCUUCAAAUCCAUCUGAUGUAUAUUCUUGAACUAACUACAAGACAUGAUGCUUUUGUUAAUGAUAUGAAUCAACGAUUACACCUCCUUGAGAAGGCCCAGUCACUGAAUGAACUCUCUGGGGCUUUAGAUAACAGAACCCUCACUCUAACAGCAAAGGAGCAAGAAGCAAAGAUCAAGAAACUCGAACAGGAUCUCAAAGUGCAAGAGACAAAGCUGAAGAAACUUGAAAGCGAGUUUAAGUCAGGGAAAGUGUGAAUACAUCCUUCGGCCAUCCCGGCUAAAAAGAAGUGUGAAUGCGUGAUGUUGUGAUUAUAGUGUUACUGUAAAAAACCAGGGCGUCAUACUUUAGUAGCUGUAAAUAAUAAUUAGCACCUCCUUACAGUUUACCAUACUUCUGUGUGUUGUUCAUGUACGAUAAGAAAAUAAGGUUUAGAAAAGUCAGCUUCUCUUGAAUUCUUUUGUUAGUUUGAAGUAACAGUGUUUGAUCUUUUCUGUAUCAUGCAGUAAGUACAUAUAUAUUGUGGAGAUGAAGUUCAUUUGGAUCA